AGGCUCUGUUUGGGGCACGUCUUCUUUCUCACUUCCCAACGUACUGCCAUUUUCUUCUUCCUUAUAUUGUGCUUUCCAACUUUAUUUUUUUCUUACAUUCACUUCUCUUCUCUCAAUUUCUUCAACUAAAUGUCUACCUUCAAAAAUGAAAUGAAUGGUAACAACUUAUUACAUGUGGCUGUUUUGGCAUUCCCAUUUGGCACACAUGCUGCUCCACUCCUUAGCCUAGUGAAAAAAAUUGCUACAGAGGCUCCUAAAGUUACAUUUUCAUUCUUCUGCACAACCACAACAAAUGAUACUUUAUUUUCUAGGUCAAACGAGUUUCUUCCAAACAUAAAGUAUUAUAAUGUUCAUGAUGGGUUACCAAAAGGUUACGUAUCUUCUGGGAAUCCACGUGAACCAAUUUUUCUCUUCAUUAAGGCCAUGCAAGAGAACUUUAAGCAUGUUAUUGAUGAAGCUGUGGCAGAGACAGGGAAGAACAUUACUUGUUUGGUUACUGAUGCAUUUUUUUGGUUUGGUGCGGAUUUAGCUGAGGAAAUGCAUGCCAAAUGGGUUCCUCUUUGGACUGCAGGACCUCACUCUCUUCUUACACAUGUUUACACAGAUCUUAUCAGAGAAAAGACUGGCUCCAAGGAAGUCCAUGAUGUCAAAAGUAUCGAUGUUCUUCCUGGUUUUCCCGAGCUAAAGGCUUCUGAUUUGCCUGAGGGAGUAAUAAAAGAUAUAGAUGUACCAUUUGCAACAAUGUUACACAAAAUGGGACUAGAGUUACCACGAGCGAAUGCAGUUGCCAUAAACUCAUUUGCUACAAUACACCCUCUUAUUGAGAAUGAGUUAAAUUCAAAGUUCAAAUUGCUACUAAAUGUUGGUCCAUUCAACUUGACAACACCACAGCGUAAGGUUUCCGAUGAACAUGGAUGCUUAGAAUGGUUGGACCAACAUGAGAAUUCUUCAGUAGUGUAUAUAAGCUUUGGAAGUGUGGUAACACCCCCACCUCAUGAGCUCACUGCAUUGGCAGAGUCCUUAGAGGAAUGUGGAUUUCCAUUUAUUUGGUCCUUUAGGGGUGAUCCUAAGGAAAAAUUGCCAAAAGGGUUCUUGGAAAGGACAAAAACAAAAGGUAAAAUCGUUGCAUGGGCUCCUCAAGUUGAAAUCCUUAAACAUUCAUCGGUUGGUGUGUUUUUGACGCAUUCUGGGUGGAAUUCUGUGUUGGAAUGCAUUGUUGGUGGUGUGCCAAUGAUUAGUAGACCUUUUUUUGGAGAUCAAGGGUUGAAUACAAUACUUACAGAAAGUGUUUUGGAGAUUGGUGUGGGUGUUGACAAUGGAGUUUUGACUAAAGAAUCGAUUAAGAAAGCUUUGGAAUUAACCAUGUCAAGUGAGAAAGGAGGAAUAAUGCGCCAGAAGAUUGUGAAACUCAAGGAGUCAGCAUUCAAAGCUGUUGAACAAAAUGGUACCUCUGCAAUGGAUUUCACUACUUUGAUACAAAUUGUCACUAGUUGAUGUUUUAAAAAACACAUAGGAGUGUUCAUGGGUACGAGAGUAUCCAAUCAAUUCAAUGACCCAACUCAUCUGGAAGUGUUGUUUAGUUUGGUUUGAGUCACAUGUUUAUGAUUUUGAACCAUCAAACUUGUGUGCCCAAUUUGUUGAAAUAAAAUUUGAAUUUUUAGGUAUUGUAA